AAAAUGUCUAGCAUGUAAAAACAUCGAAACUACGGCGACGCAUUUAGGACAAGAAACUAGAACGUUUUGCAAGACGGCUUCCUCGUAUGGAUCGUGAUGGUUUUCAGAAAAUAACGCUAAGUGCAGCACGUAUGAUCUUUUUAAAGAAAGAAGAAAGUUAAUGUCUGUUUAGGGGGCCAGCGGAAAGAGAGACCAAUCCACUUUUUUAAUGAAGAUAUUUUCAGUGUGGAAGAGCAAGAACCUGGUUGAACUGCUAUGGGGUUCUUCAACCAGUUGAUUCUUGUCAUCUCAGUGGCCAGUUUCAUCACGUUUCAAGUGCUGUUUCACUGUCUAAGCUCCUGGGUGUCUACCCAUGUCAGCCCUGGUUUUAAAAAACUAAGUGAAAAGCAGAAGAUAGAAUGGAACUCCAGGACAGUGUCGACUUUCCAUGCCUUGGUGGUUGGAAUAUUUUGUUUGUAUAUACUGCACUUCGAUGAUGCUGUCAAUGAAGACCCUGUCUGGGGCGAUCCUACACUGGUGAAACUUAAUGUUGCAAUAACCACUGGCUACCUCAUUUCAGACUUGCUGCUCAUUUUUUACCAUUGGAAGGCAAUCGGGGACAGGUUUUUUGUAGUGCAUCACCUGGCGGCACUGUAUGCUUACUACUAUGUACUGGGCCAAGGAUUGUUGCCUUAUUUUGCUAACUUCCGUCUGCUUGCAGAGUUUUCCACUCCAUGUGUUAAUCAGCGCUGGUUCUUUGAAGUGUUAGGUUAUCCAAAAUCUUCCAAGCCCAACAUAGCCAAUGGAGUCAUGAUGUCAGUAAUAUUCUUCCUGGUGAGGAUUGCUGUCUUGCCCAUAUACUACGAACGCAUGUUCUCCAUCUAUGGAACAGAAGCAUUUUACAGGCUGCCGUUUGGGGGUCGCAGUGCUUGGAUGUGCUCAAGCAUCUGUUUGGAUGUUAUGAACGUGAUGUGGAUGCACAAAAUUGCCCGAGGAUGCUACAGAGUUCUACUUUAUAGGAGGAAACCUGAAGUGGAUACACAGGAGAACAGCAAAAUUGACUAGCCUGGGCACUUUAACUGCUGUAAUUACUGUUGUCUAUUAAUAUACUCAUGCAACUGUUAAUGUAACGGAAUCGAUCAACUCUGAUACUCUGUCCGUCCGUCCCCGUUACGUAAUACAACAUUUCAAAAGACUUGCAAAGCUUCAACUUGACGAUGCAUAAAACUUCUAAACAUUAACCGUUAUUUUGUUUUAAGUGGCUGUGUGGGAAAUGACUGACUUAGUUAACAGGUAGCAAUACUUUUUUUGUGUACGGCAGAACUGCUGGUUGCGCACAUUUUAGUAAUAUUAACAAUCAGUAGAUCUACUUCGAGAAAGGCCUGUUUUUAAAAAGAAAAGAUUAACCAAAAUACUGGUCACGUGCGUCUGUUACCAAUGUGAACCAGUGAUUUUAUAAUGAACCUUUUUAAAAGAUAAGAAAUGAACUAAUUCCGUUCGGGUAUACAGUGAUGUCAUUGACUUGAUCCAGGUGGAAUCCACACACACACACACAUAUAUAAUGUUUUAAGGAAGUCAAAACUUGGCCAACUGCUUUUUGCUGGAGCUAAAAUAACUUCUGAGAGAUGUUUUGUGAACAAUCAGGUGAAUAUUCUAAAAAGAAAGAAAGUCAUGUUUUGGGAAAGUAAUAUAUGAAUGAGAAAUGACUAAAAUCCUAAAAUAAUGUGUUUCUAGCAAGCUGUCUGUGGAAUAAGUCUGUGAAAACAGACCAGUGAUGUGAUUACUCACUGAAGAGUGCCAGUCAGCAAAACAUAGUGCAAUAAAAGCUAUUGGAUGUAAAACUUAUUUCAGCACCCACUGCUAGUAGGAGCUUAAAUUCUAAAGCAACAAUCUUGGAUGUGCCUUACAAGAGUUCAUGGACUAGUAAAAUCAGUCCAAGGAUUGUGCCAAUCUGUGGAUGAAGUGGUCAAACAGACUUGGCUGCUAACUCUCUCUACACCAAGGCUGGAUAAAGAUCUUAUUUGUAGGUGAAAAACUAUAUAAAUGUUUUUACUUGUGUUGCUUUUAUUGAAAAAGAGAAUAGAAGUGCACUUAUGCCUGACAUACAGCUGCUUGACAUUUUUGGAAAGGCUACACAAGAAAUAUAUUGUCCUAGUGGCAUCUUCUUGCAUUUGCCGACCACAUGUGGUAUUGGUAUAAGUUGACUGAAGUUGAAGAUGUUAGCUGUUAGCGUUUACCAGUUCUAUGUUCACAAAGUAUAAUGUUUUGUUAUGUACAUGUGAAGAUGCAUGCUGCAGUGUUUUCUAAAUGCUUGCCUAUUAAAGCUGAUGGUUAAGUAGAGUUCUCAAUCAUAAAGAUAUUUAAAAAUGUAGUUUUUAGAUAUCCAGAAAAGAAAGUAACUUAAGUAGGGUGGGUAUCCAGGUAAAGUUGCUGUUUUUAAAGAAAGCACGACAAAUGUUCCGUUAGCAAAGACAGUAUGCACGCAGAGGACUUUGCACACAAUGGCAGGGGUCUUUUCUGCCAAAUGCCUCAUUUAUAAUAACUUAACAACUUGCAAAUAAUGGUGAGCCGGCAUGUCUGCAUUUUAAGUAUUUUUAAUUUAAGGAUGGGUAAGUAUGGUAUGAAUUAAAAAUACUGUUCAUGAUGUAUCUAGGUAUUAAAACAAGGGAUGAACUCAAAACCGCAUAUGCUUCUGUAAGCUAAGUGAUGCUUGAACUUGUCAAGUGGCUUUUUUUUCUUUUGGAAAACUGUAAACCCAUAACUAUUCUUCCCUAAAUUAUAAGAUUGUAUAACUACCUUGUAUGUUUCUAUGGGCACAGAGGAAACGUGGCAACAACUGGAAGUGGAACAAAUGUGGGAGUUUAAUUUCGGUAACAUUUACAUUUUUUUUUUUUUUUUUUUCUACGUGACAUUUAUUUGUAACCUGAUGAAUGUUUCAUUUUAACAUACAUAUAUAUGAUUUGUAAAGAUCAUAAUUCCAACAAUCUCAGCACAUCUUGGGACAGGAUUAAAAAAAAAAAAAAAAAAAAAAAAAGUAUAGUUCAAGUAUCAGUAGAAAUUGACAGAAUACAUUACUGCGUUGAUUUUCGUUAAUAUAGUUUUUUAUAUGUUGGGUUUAUUGUAUGUUUUUAUUACUUAUGAUAACUUGUUUUUUAAGAUCAUUGUUAUUGCUGUAUUUACUUUAAGAAAAUGGGACAUUGGGCCAUAAUCUGAUUCACUGCACUGACAAAAGUAGUUAUUUGACAGUAAAGAUAAACAAUGGUUCAAAUGUUAUAAUGGAAUAUUCUAUUUUUUUUUUUUUUUUUUUUUUUUUUUUUAAAGUAAUACAAAAAUAUUUUUAGAGCAUGCUGUGCAUUAUCAUGAUGUGAAUAAAGUCUGAGGUGGUAGUUUUAGUACUGUUUUGUUGCUCAAUGGAAAUGUUCGUUUACAAUCUCUUUUAUACUUAAAUGUUUGCAUUGUUUUUUAUUCAAUCUUUAUUAUUUUGUACAUGUUUUUGCCAUAAUGUUGCCCGUUAGCAAAUAUAAGCAUUUGUCUUGCCUGGAUAAAAGCAAUACAUUUGUGAGAAUAUAAUUGCCAAUAAAUUAUUCAGAUCUACA